CCUGUUUACUGAUGACUGUACAAAGGAAACAAAAUGGCCUCUGGUGGAUCAAAGAAAAAAGGUGGAAAACCUGGAAUGUUUGAAAAGGUUUGAACUUGAAAAUAAAUUUGAAAUACGUAAGAGUGAUUCUUAAACCAUCUGAUACUAAUCUUACUCUUUUUAUCCACGAUAUCAGUGGAAUAUCGAUGAUCAGCCAGUCAAGAUUGAUAAGUGGGACUGUAAUGCUGUGAAAAAUGCACUUGAUGAUGCGGCCAAGAAGGUAAUGCGGUUGUGUCUCUCUCUUUUAGUUAAUUUUGCAUAUUUUCAAAAAUUCUAAACGGUCAACGCAGUUUUUCGUUCGAAGACUGAAGUGUAUUGUACUGUUACACAGCUUCUAACUUGCUUGUUCGCAAUAAACCCUCUCCUGUACCACACUAUCUUCCUCUUCUUAAUGGAGUAAAUUUGUCUGAAUAUGAAUCGUCUGGCAAAUAAUUUCACUCUUUCUCAGAUAUUCUUUCCCUUUUUCUAUCAGUGCGGGUGGAUGUUAUUGUAGGUAGAGGUUCUUUUCAGAUGAUCUUAAUUAACUCUGUUAUUGCUGUAAAAAAUGGCUGUACAGCUGUAGUACAUCCAUGAUGAAGUAUAGUAAAACUAAUUGAUGUGGUCGCUUGACUAAGGUUUCUUCGCCAUAGUAUCUUAUGUUGUGAGCAUGCUCUGGAAUGUGUGGGUAUUGCCAAGAUUGAUGGCUUGUCCUCUUUCCUUCUGUUUUGCUUGGUUCUCCUAGUCAUACUGAUUUGGACAUAACCACACUCACAGGGGAAUCCUGUUAACCACAUAAUUCAGUGUACAUAGGUAGAUAGUAUGCUUCCACAAACUGAGAUAUGAUCCUAGCAUAGUCUUAUCCAGGAAACAGAAAUACUAAACUUUUUGUUUUUGUGUGGGAGUGGAUCAAGUAAAAAGUAUGGCAAAAGAAAUCAAGUUCUCCGACCAAGACAACUGACUCUCCUGUAACUUAAUGUUCAGCAGAAGACAGUGCAACUUUGUUUACCACUUACUCCAGAAUGAAAUGAAGUGAAGUGUAUUGAUGGCGAUGCUCUCUGAUAUACUAUCAAGGGCCAGUGUUUUGAUGGUUUUCCUGACAGCCUUCACAAUCUAUAAAAUCAAUCAGAAAACCCCUUUAAAUGACAAAGGAACAGUAAAAGUCCAGUUUAACCAGAAAAUGCCGAAUCCUUUUUUUUUGUGUACAUGACAAAACACAUGUCAUCAAAACUUAAAUAAUUUGAAUUGACCGAUGAGCGCAUGCCUGAAAUUGAACAAUAAAAUGAAACAAAGUCCAUAAUCGUGUGCGCUAAGGCAUAAGUGCUAACUAAGUCCUUUCUAAGGUUUUUUAUUAAUUCCAUAAAUGCAGAAAAGGUUGCAACCGCCAGUCUUCAUUAGCUGUUACCUUGACAACAUUGCUAGGAAAGAUGGAAUAGAAUUAACAAAUAGAGAAGCCUUGACUGUACCCUGUUCUGUUGCAAAACAAGUAGGGAGUGGCUAGAGCACAAAAGAAGUGUCGGUAGGUUAGAGGGAAGUCUAAGAAAUGGUAGGACAUAUUAAAAUUUGGCAAAUGGCAUGACAGCUUCAGCUUAGCUCCAUGCUUUCUACUCUGAUAGAGCACCCUCUUUCAACCAAUGACAACAUGUGUAAUAUCCAAACUUUAUCAUAAAUUCUAAUGGUAGGAUUUCCAUGGUACCAAUAACUUUAGAAGAGAAGUGUAUCAGCCAACUGUCAAAGGCACAACUCACAAAAAUAGCCGGGCUCAAAUCUUUGAAAAAGAAGAAAAAACUAAUCACAAUGGGGUGUCAAACACAUCACAUGAAGAAGACCAGAAGUAUGCAAACUAAACAUUGCUCUUGUCAACUGAAGAAAUGAGAACAAGAGAUAGCUGAUAAAGUCUAAUCAUUAAUCAGGCUGUUAUGUAUCAAAGAAACCACUUAAUCUUUCCACAGAGUUGAUUCACUUCUCCCUUUUAAGAGGUAUUCUAUAACAUUAGUAAUUAAAAAGGGAUGGAUCAAGAGGCACACAAAAGCAAAAUCAAAAAUAAUUGCAGUUUAUAGGCAGUGAUUAAAUUAUUUAAGAUAUGUUUUGGUAAAUAUCAUAUUGUUUUUGUAUUUUAGGUACUGACUGAAGGCUUUGGAUAUGUUGAAGACUAUACAAAGACAGAUAUUCGCUUGGCUAUUUGUACCAUUUCUUGCUGCUGUGCCCUCACUGCCUUGAUAUAUGACUACCUUUACCCUUUUCCAGUGUCAUGGCCAAUACUGAUCACAUGUGUGCUAUCGUAUCCACAGAAAAAUAGUAAUAGCAAAUAAAAUUUAUGCUUAAAUCAUAAUUACCCCUUAAAAGUAAACCAAGAAUAUAAAAAUUGCUGCUAAUCUUUCUACACCAUGUGAGUUGUAGAGUGGGGGAAAAGACAAGUAAUUGCAAUUCUUCACUGUCUGGUCCAAAGGUAUUAAGCUAGAUAAUCUUGCACAGAUAGUAGGUGGAAAAGUAAACAUGGAACUAAGAAGAGGGAGGUGAGAGCUUUUACCAGGAUUAAGUAUGCAAUGUACUUAAUCUGCAUUUGCAUUAAUAGAAAGUGACAAAGUUGUUAUCAUUUCUUAGACCUUCCCAACUUUUACUGAUUAUUGCAUAUGAAGAACACUUUACUUGACUAUCAAAAGAUAUUUUUUUUUGAUGACUGUGCUAACCAUCUUUACCACGUUUGUUGAAAAGAACUACAUAAUGUUUGCAGUACAGAAAAGUGAAGCUGGGGUGGUAAGUGUAGUCACAAUUGUAUAGUAUAAAUGUAGACACCAUCAGACAAGCAAUUGAUAUAUACCCUAGAGCUUUUGGUGUGUGCUUCUAAUACAGUUGACUGAUAAAUCUGAAUACAGCAUGAGAAUUCUAAGAUGGUAAGAGGACAAAGGUCACACUCAGAUCAGGUACUUGGUCAAAGUGCAACAUGUUUCCCCCAAAAAGAGUUGUAAAACUCCAUGGCUCUGAAAGGUUUUUGGGCUCUUUAAGGGUAAUUUCUUGCCUGUAAAAAAUGUUCCUCAAAGUUUCCCAAAACAGCUGAUGUCUCCUCUGAUAUUUUUUCUUUUAUUUUAUUUUUUCCUUUUUGAUUGAUCACUACAAGGUAUUAAAAAAUGUUCAAAAAACUGAUUUAAUCUUUCCAGAGCUUGUUCCAAUUCUUGUAAAUCAUCAGUCGUGUAACCCUUUCUGUUUGAGCCCAAACAGUUUGGUUGAAUACACUUCCACCCAAUAAUGUUAUAGAUUUCAGUGAAAAUGUUGAUAGACUGGAACUUGACCAAUGAUGUACUGUAAUGACUUGAUUUAGUACCCUUCUUCUAAUAAGCACCCCCCCCCCUCAAAUUUUUUUUUGUUAAUAAGCACCCCUAUUCUCAUUAGCACCCCUAUUAAGCAAGCAUCCUCAUUCCAGCAAGUGCCCCCUAUUCCAAGAAAUGCCCCUGAUCUGUUUCAGUAAUAACACUCUAAGUGUUUGUGGUCCAUCUUCCUCUAAAUGCUCACUUAAAGCCUCACAACAAAAAAAGUUGUAUUCAUCUCAGUCUCAUCAAAACUCUGUCUCACAUUCCACUGUUUCUCAAAAAAAAAUUAUAAGUGCCCUGUUUUAAAGACACCCUCCCUUGUGGUAUCAGAAGUAAACAAGUUCCUAGGGUGCUAAAUGGAAUCAGUACAAUAAGUUGAAAAAGUUUGUUAUUUUUCCUUUACAGAGCACUAAUAAAUCACUGUUUUCAUAGGGCCCAGAUAACUACUGGCGUUUGCAUUCAACUCUGAAACGUUAUGACCACAACUAUUCCCUCACUAUCAUAUGUAAGGAUGGUGACACUAAAAAAGAAAGGCAACAGACCAUUUCUAAGUAUGAUAUCUAACUAUAAGUGACCAUUAAUGCACUAAUGUACUGACAAGCAGACAGGUACUGAUAAUGAAGAAAAUUAUGGACUCACUGACAUGGAAAGCAUGUGAAUAUAUGAAAAUGACGUGUGAACUGUGGAUUCAAAAUUAAUAUGAGAGUGAUCUUUGCAGUAAUGAAGAGAAGGCCUGAAAAAAAUUCAGGCCCAUAUGGGAUUUAAACCCAUGACCUCUGUGAUACCAGUGCAGUGCGUUACCAACUGAGCUAACAAGUGAUCUUCACAGUGAUGAACACCACUAGGCAGGCCUUAUUUUCACUACUGCUUGAGUAGUCUUCAUCACUGCAAAGACCACUUUCAUAUUCAUUUCUUAAUCUGCAGAUCACUUAUUUGAUAUUCAGGAUUUUUAUAAACCACCAUAAUGACCAGCUCUCAGUAAACAGUUGCCACUUUUCUCAAGGGAAACACUGUCUGGAAGGCAGAAGGAUAACUAGGGACAUUUUUUUUCCCUUUAGGGUUUGAGAUACUUAUUAGAACCUUUUUUUGUAAGGCAACGUGAACAAAUUGCAAGGCAAGAUGGCUUACGAAAGAUUAGAUCAAAAUGCAUUUGUGAUUAAGUGUCGCAUUUAGCAAACUUUGUGAGGAAAUACCCAACUGGAUUGUUCAAAUGUGUAAUGCUACAAUUUCUUGUGACGAGAGAAUUCAUGCCAUUAAGGAAACUUUUCUUAUGUAUUUCAGGUCAGUGGCUUCAUGGUUUGAUGAAGAAGGGACACUGCUUAAGGAUAUCAUGGAAAAAGAUGUUCGUGAGCUUCACAAUGGAAUUGCUUCAGAAAAGAAGGACAAAUGAUGUCAACAGUACCUGCUUUUUAAGUAACUUUAUGUAACUUAGAGUGUCAAAAGUAAAUUAGUUGUUUAUAGACAAGAAGAGAUAACUUGUCACCUUUGAAACACUUUUGAUUUAAACACUUAGCACCUACAAUAAAACUGACAUCAGGUGAAAUUUUUGUAGUUGUUGUGGGAUUGCUCAAUGUAUUUUGCUACCCUUUUGAUCAAUGAUUUUGUCCGUGUCUGUGGAAAGUUAGAGAACAUAUCAGAGAUUUUAUCCACAAAGGAGGAGUACUAAAAUCGGGUUCAUACUCCCAGGAACUCAUUACACUCCCUGACUUUCAUUGACCUUUUCAAGUUCUCUUUUGAGAACAGUCUUGUGAUUUAGCCCUUUUUAUUGAUUUCAAAUAAUCACAUGAAUGGUUUAGUAGUUUUCUGUGACCCAUAUUCCAAUUCCAUGACUUUCCAGGCUUGGAUAAUGGUGUUGUGGAAUUCUAUGAGUUUCUAGAAUUUGCAUGACUCAUUCAAACCCUGAAUGUAAUGAACCCUUCGCACCCCAAAAUCAGUAUAAAAAUUCUCCAUACUGUACUCCAUACAUUUCCUAAUGUGCUGAAAAGGAUAAUUUGUUUAACAACCAAGAGCUGCUUUGGUUAGUGAUCAUUUCCUUGAAUCUUGUGACCUUAAUGUGUGACUGAUAUUGUAAGAAAUAAGAUGCUAGUCACUCUUAGGGGUUUAAGGGUUAAGUAUGAAAGAAAAUUAAAGUUUGAAGC